UCGAUAGAUAUGGGGAGAAGGAACAGAGGAGGACCGGUUAUCGUGAGAUGUACAGAAAAUCCACAGCCUCCUAUAUAUGACAAAUAUUUCUGUUUAUCCGCCGCUGAGUUUGACGAUUCUUACAACAUCAAAGAAUGGUACAUGCUCAAUCUAUCUAGCAAUAAUAAUAAUGAGAAAGAGAGAAAGGAGAUGAGCGGAAAAAGAUUUGUUCAAAACUUUCCGACUCCUGCACUGCGAGCAGCUCGUCUUGCUGUCAAUCACGAUGAGCGGCAUAGAGGAGAAAAUCCAGCGACUCUACCUCUCAUCGCUCAGUUGGAGAAUGGUAAAGCCGACCGUGAAUAUGGUACCUGCUCAGCCAUGGUAGGGUCUAGAAUAUAUAGGUUUGGGGGGAGUCACACUGAUGAAGACGGUCGUGGCUUUCACAACUCUCGCCUUGUAAUUUAUUUUGAUAUUAAUCAUCCAGAGAAGGGUUGGAAGAAAGGUCCUCGCACUAUCUGUGGCCGAGAAGAUGCUGCUGUGGUGGUGGUUGAUGGGAAAAUUUUUGUCUUCGGUGGCAACGAAAGUAACAUUCCCGGUCUUUGUUGCGAAUUUUUAAACGCCAAUUUAGAAGAAGAAGAAGAAGAAGAAGGAGGAGGAGGAGGCAACAGAAAAAGAAAAGGGAAGCGUAAGUGGAGUCCUUUGAAACAUGAUGCUCCAUCUUCUCUUGGCUAUAAUAAUUUAUUUGCGACAGCUGCUCCUGAUGGAAAGAUUUUGGUUGGCGCCAGAGCAUCGAGUUCUCUUUUUAUGUUUGAUGUUGCAAACCAAUAUUGGGAAAAAAUAGCUCUUGAUGUCCACUUUAUGAAUUCUAUAAGCAAGCCGAUUGUCGUGGGCACUCAAAUUUACUGGAUUGAAUAUGAUUUUCCACAACUUCAUAUUUGUGAUUUUGUACAUGGAAACAAGUUAUCCGUGCCCAUUGCAGAUUUCAAGAUUUGCCAAUAUCUAAGUGAAACUUCUGACUAUACCCAUGCAAUGAACAUGACCCUAACACAUCUUGCUGAUGAUGUGUUUUGCAUUGUGUGGCUCGACAAUGAGAGUCUUCUUCUUCAUUGCACUGUAGUUCGAAUUUCUACAACAAUCGGUGUAUCUGUCUUGUGCUGCCAUUCUUAUGGGUUCCAUCAACCUACUUCCUUCCUAGAUUGCCUGCCUAUGGUCUCCCCCUAUUGUAAGCGCGCAUCUUGA